AUGCAGUCCUCAGACGUGUCAAGAGCCCAGUUCCCUUAUCCCGAACAGUUGGUUCAACAAGCAUCCCCCGAGCGACCCUCGGGGUCUGGCAGUGCCGACACAUCCAUGGCUUCCCAGCAGUCCGGCCGCAGUUCCUCCGCCUCGGCGCGAUCUCAGUCUAGCAAGACUCAGCCCGAUAAGCAAAUAUCCCAAAUCGAAAAGAGCGUGACGCACCUCUUGGUUGCGACAAAACAACUCCUCGAAACCUUAACCCAAUGGUCUCGAAAGCAAGCAUCGGAGAACGACGUGUCAGAUGUAUACGUUCGAUUGGGCUAUGAAUUUAAUUUGGCCUGUCGCGCCUUCAGUGCCAUCGGAGUCGACACUUCAGACCUCGGUCCCGUACCAGACCUGCUGCGCACCAUACUUGAAGACACUCUUAGUCAAGAUGCAUCUUCCCAGAGCCUCGAUAGAUACCUUCCCAGAAUUCGAGAUAUAAUCAUCAACUUGUUAAAAGGGCUGAAGAAGAAGCAAGCUCGCUUAAGGUCCCGGCACCAGCGCGAAGAUGGCCGCUCCGCACCAGGACGGCAAGCCAGUGCAGGAAGCAUCGCUAGUGGGCAGCCCAUAGGUCAACUGUAUGAUGAAGCUGCAGCAUCCACCAUGCCGUCAACAUCCCAGUCGUCUCCCAGACGAUCAAACAGACGGUAUGGCAGCGGAUCGCUGGAGGAUCCACCGUCCAUUGCUCGAACAUCCUCGGCACCUUCGAUAACCGAACCGCGGACGACGAACUACGCCGAAAGAGAACUAUCGCGACGAGAGGCCCAGCAAAUGCUGUCUCAACCCACGCCCUUCGAUAAUGAUACAACCCCUCGAGCCAACACAUCGAACACCACUGCACCUUCAUAUAUUACACCCACCGGGUUUUCUGCGCCUCCACCUCCACCCCCGCCGAAGGAGGAUGACGCAUUGGGGGCUUUGCAGAGAAGUGGAGAGCUUGAGCGACGUGCCUCGCGUCGAUUCUCCGCUUAUCAGAUCCAGAAACAUUUAGGUACAUCUACAAAUGGUGUUCCUGUCCUGCCUACUCAGAACUCUCCUAUUCCCAAUCGCGGUCGUGAUGUCCGCGAAUCCUUGAACGCAGUCCGUCUGCGAGGUUCAUUUACUCAUACACGACAACGAUCCAACAAUCGUUUACAGGAAGUCGCUAAGGUUGCGCAAGCUCCUCCACCCGCAAAUAUUCCGAAUGUCGUGGAAGAAGAACGCACUCCUCCACCUGCGCCUCCAUUUGAGCCACAAGAGAUCGACAACACACCACUCGAGGUGCCAAAUGAACCGGAUGCUCAUAAGGUGAAAGAUGAUACUGUGGAAUCUACCAUUGUUCCUCCUUCGAUUCUCCCCCUACCCCAGGAGAAGCCAACCUUGGAAGAGGCUUUUGAGUCCGCAAAACCAGCACCGCAAACCCCGAAGGAGGACACCUUUGAACUGUCCGAGAUCGCAACACCGUUAUCAGCUAUUCAAUUUGCUACUGAGCAACCUUCGCCGGGCAAAGAGCUGACGCUGUUCCUACAAUAUAAAAGCAAAAUUAAGAAGUAUGUGCUCCCUGAUGGCAUUGCAGAGCUCACCAUUGGGCGUCUGCAGCUUGCUUUUAUUGAAAAAUUUGCCUGGAAUACCCACGACAAUGGCGUUGAUUUGCCAGAAAUUUAUAUCCAAGACCCAAUUUCAGGCAUCCGACAUGAACUAGAAGAUCUUACCGAUGUCAAAGAUCGGUCUGUGUUAGUGCUUAAUGUUGACAAUCUCGAUGAGGUAAAGAAACAUUUCGACGACGGCCUCGGAAGCGUACGCCUCCUGGUCGAAGGUGUUAAAGAGACGCUUGCUGGCCAAGGAAAUAUCAUCCAGCGGGUUUCAGAUCGUCAGCUUGAAGCAGCCAAAGAAAUUGCUCGUUUGUCUGCUGCUCCACCAGCAACCUCUAGCCUGGCUGCCGUUGGAGGGAAUUCCAAGGCAUCGAUUGUGGGUAGCGGAACUCAAAUCGCCGAGCUUCAGAGCUUGCGUCGUGAUUUGGCUGUCCUGCGUCAGACCUACUCUAACUUUACAUCCGAUAUUACCGGUUCUAUGAGCGCAGUCCGUGCCAAGGCAAGCAAGGUCAAGACCGUUGCUAGUGACAUUUCCACUCCCACUUAUGAAGGUGAUGCUGGGCGUGCUCGCGUCAACACUGGUAAGAAAGAACUUGCCGGUGAAUCGGAGCGGCUGGUCGCUCGCGUCGAUGACCUCCAAGAUUUGGUUGAGGAUCUUCGAAAGGAUGUUGUGACCCGCGGUGUUCGUCCUCUUCCAAGACAAUUGGAAGGUGUCGGCCGUGACAUUAGCUUGGUGAUGAAAGAAAUCAAGAAAAUGCAGGACUUCCUGGCUCGCGAGAAGCCCGUCUGGACCAAGAUCUGGGAAAAGGAGCUACAACUGGUUUGCGAAGAACGAGACCAGCUUACCAUGCAGGAAGAUCUCGCCGCCGACUUGCAAGAUGAUCUCGAGAAGGCGACUCAGACCUUUGCCCUGGUGGAGCAAGCUACCAAGGAGCAGGUCUUGACAAAUGCAACCGGUAGCACCGCUGUCCGCGCCCCAUCCAGGAGUCUUGGAAUUGACCCAACUGUUGAUCCCAUGAAAGCCAAGGAUGGUGUCCUGGGUGAAGUUCGUGCUUUGCAACCAAACCACGAAAGCCGACUCGAGGCCAUUGAGCGAGCGGAGAAAGCACGAAAGAAGGAACUUGAGACUCGGCGAAUCGGUCUUUUCCAGAAGGAACUUGGUGCAUUUGUCGACGAAGGCAAAUUGAAGAAGAGCGGUGGCUUCGAGGAGACUGAGCGCCUUCGUACUGCAAAAGACGACCGCAUCCGUAAAGAAGUUUGGGAUCGACAGCAAGCCCGCAAUGCCGAGAUGGAGAAGGCAGAAGCAGAGGCCGCUGCUGUGCAGGCAGCUGAGCAGGCAGCUGAGCAAAACAACGAGGGCGGAGGCGAUGACGACCAAGAAGAAGGUGGAAAUGAGGCGAAACCGGAGGAUGGAGAUGAGGCAGAGGAGGCAGAAGAGCCCAAGUCUCCAUCUUCUGACACGGACAAGCCACUCCCUACAGCGCCUGAGGAGGAAGACAAAGCUGACCCCGAACAUCCCUCUACUUGA